UUUCCAAGGUGGUCCAUUUUUUAAUCGCCGAAUUUAAGAGCGAAUAAUUUCAUUUUACUUUUUUUAUAUAUGUGGGGCAUUGUACAUUGAAAAUUAAAAAUAUUUCUUUAUUUUCUGCUAUGCUAUUCGUUUCAGUUUCAUCUUAACCUUUUUGUUAUAAAAUUUUUUCCCGCUCGAAGAACCGCGGUAAAAUUAGAUAAUAAAUUGAUUUUUUUAAUGGAUGUCCGAUGGAUGAUUGUCUUAGAAUUAUAAAAACUGUUUUAUCUUCACAUAAAAUUCAAGAUGCCUGGUCAUGAUAUAACCUCUAAUAGGAAUCCUUUGAAAUUGGAAGAAUAUCCAUUGGAGUAUCACAGUCUUUCAAGAGACGAAAACCUUAGGAAAUACUCUUCUUUUGCAAGUGGAUGCAAAACUUGUGAAAAAAAUUGCUACAAACAACGUUCUAGUGAAUGUAGUGAACCUUGUAAAAAAAAGACAAAAGAAAUGAAAACUUGUGUGAAAAAGUACCUACCUAAUGAGCAAUAUGAAAACAGGGAACUUGAAUACAAUUUGAAAGAUAGUUGGUAUGAUACAAAACAAAAACAACUCGGCAAACCUUAUGAGUGUUGCAGACUUUCAUGUUUGAAUGAAACAAACGGGCAUCAAUACUAUGGGAGUUGUAGAUUCAGAUCAAAUUUAUGUGAAUUGCCAACUUCAUAUAUUAGGAAUACAAAUAAUUGUCAACCAAAUGAGGCUGUAACAGUUUUAAAAAUGUCAGAUGAUGACAAAGAAUAUAUUGAGUGUCUUGAAAACAGGGUCAAAUCUUAUGAAAAAACAAUUAAAUAUGUUGAAUAUGCGGAAACUGCAUCUGUUUUACAAGAAGAAAAGAUAAAUAAAUGUCCAUAUGACGAUAGAUUACAAAAAACAUGUGAAAAAUUGGAAGGAAUACAAUCACAUUUUAAUUCUAUUGUGAAAACUGAAUGUUUAGAUGAAUUGAAACACCUUAAGAGUAAAAUUGGGCAUUCUAAUCCCUUGGAAGUGAAGUCAAGUCCUCAAAAUAUAUCUGACAAUCAUUUCAGUGACUUAAGAAAUGUAAAUGAAAAAGACAAGUAUUGCCAAACUGAACCCUGUUUUUGUACAGAGGAUUCUAGAUCUAACCAUUUUUAUAAUUGUAGUAUACACUAUGAAACCAGAACUUACUUCGAUAAGAACAUUCAAGAUAGUAGAAAACCAAAUUUCUCAUCUCUAUAUGCUCAGGAAAUGGAACAUUUGAAAGAACAAUUGGAGGAGUUGAGAAAUUCUACUUAUAGGAAUAGUACUUCAGCUGAGAUGGUGGUAGAAUCUCUUAUAGCAAAAGAUAAAAAAAUGGAUGAAAAAGCUACUAAAGUAAUUUCUAGAGAUUCCCCCAGAGUUAUAAGAAGAUCAAGAACUAAGUUAAUUCGAGUUAAGACUAGGGGUAGAGUGGCUAAUACAAUAAAAGUAAGAAGAAUAAAUACUAAAACCACUUUGUCUUCCAAGAGUCAUAUUGAAAUGGAAGACUCACAUAGUGAUUACAGUGACUCAGAUAUUAGUUUGAAAGAAAUGGAUGAAAAUACACAGGAAUCUGAUUUAACACCAACUGAAAGUACAAGAAAUGGUGUGAGACAUGAGCCCCUUGUCUCUAUUGAAAAUACUGGUUGUGGUGAUUCUUCUGUUUGGCCAAUUAGGGAAAGUCUAUUUCCAAAUGUUCCACCUUAUAUAAGUUUUAAUUCUUUCAAUGCUGAAGAACCAAGAAAAAUGCCUAUAGGGAGAAGAUUCUUCAAAUGGAAACUAAGUACUAUAACACCAGUAGUAGUUAGAAAAGUUAUAUCAAACUCAGGAUUUCCAUUGGUUAGAAGUGAGUUUACUAGAGAAUCUAAUCAAUGGAUAGGUACUUGGGGUAAGCACAUAAAGUCACCUAUGUUUAAAUCUUUGAAAAACAAUCAAAAGCUUAACCAUUUUCCUGGAACCUUCCAGUUAGGACGAAAGGAUAGAUUAUGGCGGAAUUUCCAGAGAAUGAUCAGUAACUAUGGUCUAAAAGAAUUUGGAUUCCUUCCUUACACUUAUAUUCUACCUCAAGAGCUGAAGCAAUUAAAGUACAAUUGGGAGAAUAAAAAUGCUGGGGGUGAAUGGUUUAUUAUAAAACCACCUGCUUCUGCCAGAGGAGUUGGAAUAAAAGUUAUUAAUAAGUGGGCACAAUUACCUAAAAAGACUAAUCUGGUGGUACAGAAGUACAUAGCGAAUCCUUAUUUGAUAAAUGGGAGUAAAUUUGAUUUAAGGUUAUAUGUACUUGUAACUAGCUUCAAUCCUUUGCGUGUCUAUUUAUACUCUGAAGGUCUAGUUAGAUUUGCUAGUGUGAAAUAUAGUAAUAACCCAAAAGACAUAAAAGAGAAAUACAUGCACCUCACCAAUUAUAGUAUAAACAAAUUGUCAAGUAAUUACACUGCCAAUGAUGAUGCUCAUUCGACACAAGGCCAUAAGUGGACAAUUACCAAGUUGUUGGAAUAUUUGAAUAAUGAAGGAGUAGAUACUGAACGUCUAUGGAAAAAUUUAGAGAUGCUGGUUGUGAAAACUAUGAUAGCUUGUGAAGAACCAAUAUCAGAAUUAUGCUCAGAAAAUAUGAACACCAGAUAUAAUUGUUAUGAGUUGUUUGGAAUUGAUGUACUUUUAGAUGAGAAAUUGAAACCUUGGUUAUUGGAGGUAAAUAUAUCUCCUAGUCUGCACAGUUCAUCACCAUUAGAUGAACAUGUUAAAGGACCUUUAGUAAAAGCCCUUUUCAAUAUGGUGCAGUUUCAUUUCCCUUCAAAGCUAGCUAUGUUUGUGAAAACGGGUUUGAAGUGUUAUGAUCCCAAAAUGUAUACAGCUAAUCUAACUCAAAAGGAGACCUACAAACACAGCAAAUUUUUGAGCAUGGAGAAAAGAGAUGACUACUUAGGAACUAUUUUGGACAACCUCACAGGAGAUGACGUCAGGCACCUCAUCCAAGCUGAGGACGAAUUUAUUGUGAAAGAAAAAUUCAUAAGGAUAUUCCCUACUGCAUCCACCUACAAGUUACUUAAUUUCAUGACUCCAAGGUAUUAUAACCGUCUCUUUGAUGCUUGGGAAACCAAAUAUGGAAACAAUAGAGAAGAAGGUAUUCAGAGGCUUCAAUCUCUUUGUUCCCAGAGAGUUCAUUUCAAAGGAGCCUCUCUCACUGGAAUACAAAAGAAUGGUCACACUACGAACCCUGGAGUGAAAACGGUUACAACGAAGGAACCAUCUCCGAAGGAUACUUUUUCAAUAAAUAAAAUGUUUUCUGAUACAACUGGUAUACACGAUGAACUUCCUUUGAUACCAUCAACUCAAUAGAACUCCAUGGGUGAAUCAAUUUAUACUCCAAGUGUACUGCCAUUAGCCUAGAUCUUAUUUAAUUAGAUGUUAUUUUACUCUGUGAGAAAAUAAAUAUUAUUUAAUGUUAUAAUAAUUAUACAUUUACACUAAUUCUUACUAGCUUAUCGUUUUGAGAUGGCUGUAAUUUUAAUUGGAAAUACUUGUACAUUUUGGCAUUUAUUUAUUGUAUGUUUUUCCGAUUAUUGAAAUAUCUUGAAAUAUUUUUAAUAUAAAGUAUAAAAUUA